UAAACAAAGUGCCAAACGUCGCAAUCGUGCUAAAUUUAUUUGCGGGAACGUGGCGAAAACAAGUGUGGAAUACGGACCUCGAUUUUAUAAUUCAACAUAAGGAAAGUACGCUGAUGAAUUUUGUAACAAUCUCUCCGAUUGGAACUUCGUCGGUAUUGCCUGUAGAAUCACCAGAGAAUACCAGUAGGCUAAAGGAUCUAUUUUUUAGUAACAUUUUUAGUCAUCUGAGGCGAUGGUUUGGAAGCGACGACCACAUUAUGGGCGAUACAGGGCCUUCGGUUAGCCUCGAAUACAUAAACUUAGCAAUAAGUUUAGCGAUAUAUUCGAUACGCUACUCGGCUGUGUUUUGGGGAACAAAUAAAUGUCUGGGAUUAAUAUUUUCCAUUCAAAUGCUAGUCAAUAGCGUCCAAAUUUUGACGACCUACGUUGGAAUAUCUAUACUAUAUAAGAUUCUUGUAAUGAAACCUCAUCCUCCCAUACAACUUAACCAUUUGGCGAUACUGUCACUAUUUAUAUCUUCAUCGCUAGUUAUUUUAUCGUCGAGCGUAGUACUUUACCUUUAUGGACAUACAAGGUUUAAUGGAUUCCUGAAUAAGCAACAGGAGAAGAGAGUAAUAGUGAUAAGGGAAGGCUCUGGACAGUCGAAAUGGAGUUGGGUGGCUUACUUUGGAGCUGUAGUUGUUGUUGUAUUAAUUACGCCCUGCAUAGGACUACUAAUUAAUGAUUUUGUUAUUGUAAAUAAAGUGUGCCAGAAUAAAGCGGUACUGGUAAGUGCCGUUUCGUGCGUAUUCCACGUUUUCAUUUGGAUCAUCGUGUGGGGCUUUCUCUUGAUAAAAAGCUCAUGGACAUUCAAACUGAGGGUUACUGUGGGGAAGGCAGUUGUAAAGCAACCAGCAUCUGUGAAGCUAGUAACGGAUGUAGACCUAAUGACACGCCACUCUCAGGAUCCAAGCGUGCUGCCUUUACUCGUUGUAGGUAACGGGGAAACGUACAGCGUGGCCGAUAUUUCCCCGAAGCGGGAAAUAAUGAACAUCAUCGCAAAGGCGAAGAUGCAACGGAAAAAUGGAGACAACACUAACGGCGAACAGGUUUACUUCAUGAAACCCACGUUAGUCUCCCCGAAAGCUUCGCCGGACGAAGAAGACAUGACGUUCUACAAUAGAGGCAAUAAAAAGGUCACCUUUAAGGAACCCGUUGCACGAGAUAAAAUAGAUUUCGAUGAUGGUGACUAUGCAGCAUUAAAAGAGUUACCAUUACCAUUACCACCCCCGCCACCUUCAGAUGAGGAUGACACGAUCAGUGAAGCUGAGAUAACUACUGUACAUACGGUACACUGCCUACAACGGGAUUCUGCACUUCUUCCAGAGGAGUUAACAGCAAGAUCUGAUUCAAUGAGUACCGGAUCACCGUCACCUCCAGACCAACCAGAAAGUAACACCAGCGAAUCGUCAAGCGGCGUUCAUUCCAAUGAAAGUUCAGAACAUCAACCCAAUAUUGCACCUACCAUAGUCCCUCAGCAUGCACGCAGAGCUUCAAGUAUAGCGAACUUGUCACAAUGCCACACCAAAGAGGAAAUCCAAUGGCGUUCCGGCUCUCUCCAGCGCAACGUGCUGCCCCCAACUAACGGCUUCCUAUUAUCUACAUCUCCGCCACCGACCGUUACUCAGCAACCCGAACACGGAAUAUGUGCGGUUUUAUACGAGACGCCAUCCGAAAGUACGGUAGUUAUACGAAGAAAAGCCCCUCGACCUAAAACGAACGAGAUCGCGCCCGGCGUGGCGAUCAACGAGGAGCCAUUCGGUCGCGCCACGAAUAUGAGGAUGACUUCGUUUACUGAACAUUCUGACCUAAAAGGCAUGCAGAUGACCUCGUCCACGCUCCCGCAUUACCCCACGCAGCCGAUUCCCACGCCGAACAGUUUCCCGCACUGCUCCACGAUGCCCUUACCCCUGCAACACAAACCAAAUGUUAGUAGUUCAACUAAUUUAAGUAUAGGGAAAAGUUGCAACAUAUACCCUAGGUUGCAUACAACCAUUCCGACGCAUCACAACGGCGUCCGAUUGUUUAGUAAUACGCCCACGCCAAAUCCAUAUCUAAAGCGACUCCUUUAGACCACAUUCGUGUUUACUUAGGAAAUUCAGCUUUUAACGUGUCAGCAGUAACCCAUUUGGACUAAUGCAGUGAAAAAUAGUUAGAUGUACUUAGUGUCUUACAAUAAUUAACCGACAGAUCAAGGAAAUUGAGUUGCUCAACAGCCAAGACUCCUAACAGUUCACAUAUUUACAGGGAUUUAUUCAUUAGAUUGCUAGAGCCUAAACGAACAAUCUAACGCCGAGGUAGUACAAUGAAAUCACUGCGUACUGUGUUGGGAACGCAAAUGAAACUGGUCUAGACGAUAGUCCUGGACUUUAUCAGUCGCAUCCAUUGUUUGCUUAAAAUGAACCAAAGAAGUUAUUGUCAAAAUUGUUAAUUUCCAAGAUGGAUUUCGGCUGGAUAAUUAAAUCAAUAUCAAGGUGGCCAUAUCAUGUUACCUACGUAAUGAGAAUAUGAGUACCAGCCUAACUAGAUAACAUAGUCUUAAAUUUUAUACAAACUAGAGGAAUUCCAUGUAUUAUUGUAAAUAAUUGAUUUUUUAAUUACUGUUUCAGUGCAAAUAAUUUAUGUAGUGCUUUGUAUGUAAAUUUACAAUUAAUCAAGGUGAUUAAGUUUGAUCUCUUUAGAUGUAUUAUACGAACAACACUAAUAAGACUUAUCAAAUGAUAAUAAUAAUAUAUCUCGAACAAAUGUACAAUUACGUUAAUU